AUGGCCACGAUGUUGGAGGACUGGUGCAAGCAGGGUGCCUGGGCCGUUUGUGAACGCUGUUACAGCUUGGAGCCGCGACAUUUGAAAGAAGUGGACACGCGGCGCGUCGCAGGUCCAGCUGUGCCGCAUUGUCGCUGGUGUCGACGCGACGGCCCUGCUUCCGUGCCGACCGUUGGCUGCGUCCCACGCCAGCUUCGAGGACUGACGGCGGAGGCCGUCGAGGCUCUGCGCCCGUUCGAGAUCGACUGCGGCCCGUACCAGCGUCCUGUGGACGGUUAUCGGGUGCACACCGCCCUCAUCCGUUUACUCUGGGCUCCGUCGGCCGUGGAAGACAAGAUCGCGGCCUUGCGGCCGCGCGCCGUACGAAAGCAAGCAGAGAGAGCGUUCGCUUAUUUGAUGCAGUCGGACUGCUCGGAGUACGUUACUUUCGUCCGGCAGCAUCGGCGCUUCCUGCUCACACACCCGGAUGCCAGCCAAAGCGAUCGGCGACGACCGUUGCAAAUGAUCGAGGCGCCGGGCGUCGAGAACGCGCUAUGGCCCGAUCUCUACUGGGCGUCAGACCUUUGCGAGACGGUGCAGCGGGCCACGGAUUCGCGCCGCCUUCGGCGGCAGCAGCACUUGCAGGACACAGACAGUGAGGACGAAGGAGGCGACGGAACCGAAGAUUUCGGCCGCAGCAGCGUUCGCCGGAGCUUUUUGAAGAAGAUUCUCGGUCCCAUACUGGACUAUGCCGGAGAGUACGAGCUCCUCCAAUUCAUUUUCGAUCUGUCCUACUGGAGCGACCUUGGCUCCAAGCGACAUGUGCAGCCGCAGCUUCCCAUGCGAAUCUUGCUGAAGGGAGCACCCUUCACGCCGGCUUAUUGGGCCGUCCGGCAUGCCGCAAUAUUGGACUUGCAGCGACAGUGCGGCUACCCUGUCUUGUUCAAGACCUGGGCCCCCUACGAGUGGAGCGCUCUGCUCAGUCAUAUGAACGUGCUGCUGCGUUCCCGCAUGCAUCUCGAGGGGCCUGAAACCCUUCACUUGGCCCACAUUCUCGUGGAGCUCCUGCGCGAGUGGGUCGCAGGCGGCAGCCGGAAGCAUGGCGAGAGCAGCACGCUCUGGCGCACGCACUGCCUGACCGGUGGCGGCCGCAUCAAUUUCGCGGCGCGCUUGGAAUACCAGGACGGCAAACGCAAGGCGGCAAGUCAAGCCUACCAUGGCCGUGGUGCGAUCCAUCUCCAUGCCGUUCUGUUCGCAGAGAGCCUGCAGGGCCUCGAGCUGCAUCGAAAGCUGCUGGCGACAGAAUUGCCCGAGGGCCACGCGCUGCGGGGCUACGUGCUCGACCAACUCAGCUACUCCGGCAGCGGUUGGCCCGUCCACGACGGAGCUUCCUGCUGGGACGACCUCGAUGAGGCUGUGCGUUUGCACCACACCGAGCGUGACGCGGAGCAAGGGGUGCGCGCCUACGGCUUGGAGGAAGUUGACGUGCUGAAAAGCCACGUGGACAACUUGGUGCCACAGGCCGGGGGUGGCGCCGGUGGCCGCGGCCUCCUUCUACGCUAUGUCGCGACGUACAAUGCCAAGUUCAGCGGCAGCUUCCACAAUGAACUCCUGGACGACACGGGCGUGUCUGGAUACGGGAUCGCGCUGCGCGUCCUUUCGACCCUGCAUCCGUCCGAGCCGGAGAUGUGGGCGACCCUCUGCAAGCAGCUCUUCCCGGAUUUCGCAUUAGGGGGCACCAUGUUGCCCAUCGUCAUCAUAGCGGCGGAAACGGUCGGGAUCUUCAACGACAAAUACUUUGGCCAGUGGCUCAUGCUGAACCUGCCUUUUCGUGCUGCCGAAGACUUUCUCGAUCCCGAGAUCUCGGCCAAGGUACCCGAGCGCUACUUGCUCUUCGCCUGCGCGGACCGUGCCGCUCCAGCGUACUGGGCCAAUCGAGCCCGCGUGGUGGAAGAUCUGCAGCUGGCCGCGCAUCGAGACGCCGCCAUCGCCAACUUCCUGGCAUUGCUGGAUGCGCAGCGGGCGAUCGUGCAUCAGUAUUUGUGUGGAGAAAUCACGCUGGAGGAUGAGGUGCCGCAGAUCGCGCUGCCUGCCGCGGCUGACCCCGGCGCCUUCGUGCAGCCAACCUUCAAUCGGCAGCAGCACGAACUCGAGCGGCGUGCGCUAGAGACCCUCGACCUGCUGCAAGCGCUGAAGGAUGCCCGCUCGGAGGAAGACGUCGACGAGGCGUCGCAGCAGCUGGAGCUGCGCAACAGCAUUCUCGUGUGCAUGGGCGGACCGGGCACCGGCAAGACCUUUGUGGCCGAUCACCUCGUGCGGGUUGCGGUCCAGCGCGGCUGUCGAGUGCUCUAUGCCCUGCCCACGGGCCAGCUCGCCUGUCGUAUGCGCCAGAGGCACCCGGACAUCCACGUGGACACCUGCGCCGGGGCUUUCCUUUUCUACCGACCGCUAUCGGAGACGAUCGCACUCAUGACCGAAUACGACGUGGUCGUAAUCGACGAAGCUUUGCAGCUCAGCGCCGAGGAGUUCGGCCGCUUGCAUGCCAUGUUCCUCGCUGCGGGUCGCCGGCUGCUCCUACUGCUCCUCGGCGACGACUGGCAGCUUCCGAGCAUUCAGCCGGACCGCGCCAGCGACCACCCGCAGUGGCGCUUUGCUCGCACCAUCACGCUGACGGAGGUCCGGCGUUGUAAGUGCCGCCAGCUGCAGGCCAAGCUCGACUUCUUGCGCUACCACAAGCCGCUUGGAAAGGAGGGCCAGCUCUUCGUGAACCGUUUGUGCUACAAACACAAGGCAUGGAGCGGCCACAACGAGCCUACUAGCCUCGACAUCGACGACAUCCUGCGGCGCACCGACAACAAGACGACCUUCGUCACCUGCAGCAAGUCUGGUGCCGCGAUCAUCAACGGCCUGGCUGUUCAGGUUCUGUUCACCAACCGGAAACAAAGACUUCUGGGAGAGAUUCCCGGCACUUACGAAGACAACGAGGACAACUACGACGCUCAUGGUCGCCUCCGCUCCGAUCGCCCGCCGCAACCCAGCAAGGUCCCGCUCUAUGUCGGCAUGCGCGUGGUGCUGACAAGUAACCGAGACAAAGAGAAUCACUACGUCAAUGGGAUGGUCGCCGCCGUCGAAACAUACUGUCCGGCGACGGGCUGUCUGCGCGUGCGGACUCAAACGCAGCGCCGCCUGGCGGUGUAUCGCUACACCGACGUGGAUGUGCCUUGUGGACGCGUG